CUGAUCCCUUCAACUAAUACAAACAUCCACCACAGCCACAAACCAAUAAUUCCAAUUCCACCAGUCCAAAAUGCCCUCAGUUGACGCCCUGCGCCCCGCACCACCCACAGUGAUAGGCCCUACCACCCAAAAGGCGACUCGUCCAAGCCACCCCCUUCCUCAAUGGCUCAUCGAUGGCGCUCGUGUGGAUAAGCAAGAGGUCUUCGACGCGAGACGAGACCUAAACUUCCAGCCCCCGAGCGGCAUCACCACCAUGCGGGAGAUCGGUCUCGAAGGACACGGGAUCUCUCCGGUGGCAGCCUCCGAACCAUUUCCCCUCUUCACCCCCGCAGCCAUCAAACAGAUGCGGGCGGAGAUUUUCAGUGAGCCCGUCCUGAAAGACUGUCAAUACUCGUCGAGCUUCGCCAAGAAUAUGAUCCGGGGAAUGGGUCGAGAACGCGCCCCCUUCACCUGCGAUGCGUGGAGCUCACCCGAGCUGCAGCGCAUUGUAUCCCGGAUCGCUGGGGUAGACCUCGUGGUCGCGUUCGACUACGAGAUCGCCAAUAUCAACAUCUCUGUCAGCGAUGCGUCGGCUGUUGCCAUGGUUCAGGAAAAGCCGGAUACCUCGGCCUUUGCAUGGCACUACGACAGUUUCCCAUUCGUAUGCGUUACGAUGCUGUCGGACUGCAGCGACAUGAUCGGUGGCGAGACGGCUAUCCGGACCCCAGCGGGUGAGAUCAAGAAGAUCCGUGGACCGGCGAUGGCGCUCAAAGCCCUGGGUGGCCGCGAGCGGAUCAGCAUGGUGACGCCCUUCCGUCCGCGGGAUCCCUCCGUCCGCGACGAGCUGGUCCUGACCGGAUCCCGGGCCAUCAGCAACUGGUCGGAGCUCUACCAUGGCUUCACGGAGUACCGCUUGGAGCUGCUCGAGGAGCGCAUCCGCUUGAAGUUGAAGGAGGAGCGGAAGCGGGUGGAUACCAAGCGUCCGUUCAAUAUUGCCGGUAUGACUGAGUUCUUGGCGGAGCAAAAGGACUUCCUGGAAGCGACGAUUGCGGAGUUGACGGUGGUCGAGGAGAUGGAUUCGUGUCGAGGGUAGAAUUCGCGUGGCCUGCGUUAGGAGCUGCUCAAGAAUGCCAGAAG